AUGACAGACUAUGCAGAUGCUCUAGCGGCCGACUUUGGCAGCGACGACUCAGACUCAGAGGAACAGAUUGAACACACAGAAUCUAUAGAAAAAGACACAAGCGCGCCGCAGAAUUUGGAGCAGGUUUUGCAGGCGACUAAAAAAGUCGAUCUCAAACACAAACUUCAGCAGAUCGACCCCAAAACGAUGUUUUCUGUGGCCGAAUUGAGCCAAAUUAGCUCCAACAUGGGAUUGAUCAGACAGGAACUCGAGAAGUAUGCAGACAAAUUUAACGUGGAAAAUAUGGAGUUGGUUGCCGGUGUAACGGGGUCUACACAGAGCGAUGAGUAUAUGUUUUUGAUGAGGUUGAGUGCACUUCCUGACCUCAUAUCUGAUGAAAUUGAGGUGCUACACAAGUAUGUCUCUUCUAGAUAUAAAGCUGUAUUCCCCGAAUUAGAGACUCUUGCCAAAAAUUCGGUUGAUUAUUGUCGUAUAGUUGCCACUAUUGGACAAGAUCUCGAUGAAGUGAGGACCCACCAGGAGUUCUUGAAACUGAUCUUUUCGGGCGAGAAGGUGCUUGCCAUAGUCAUGGCAGCCAUUCAACAGGCGCCGAAAAGCAGAGAGCUCAGACCUUUGGAAUGGACAAGUGUCAAAGAAGCCUGCCAGGCAGCAGUGGACUUGGGCGCCUUUUUGAAGGAAGUCACAGACUUCGUGGCUGAUAAACUAUCGAAGUAUGCUCCCAACGUGUCGGCCAUUGUAGGAGAGAAAGUCGCUUCCCAACUUUUAAUCAGUACCGGAUCAUUGGCGCAGCUAGCGCUGACUCCAUCUUGUAAUCUUCCCUCGUUUGGCGUGAGGGAUCUUCUGUCACAGCAAAGCACACGAACCACGCACAUUCGGUCCACCGGAUAUCUAUACCAUUGCCUGCUAGUGUGCGGAAUGCCGCCCGAGAAUGUGAAACAGGCGCUCAGAAUUGUUUCUGGUAAAGUGAUUCUUGCCGCCCGAAUUGAUGUUUCACGCAGUAGCCCGGGUGGGGAGCUAGGCGCCAAGUUCCGCCGUGAGAUCCAAGAGAAGUUGGACAAGCUUCUUAUUCCGCCCGACCAAUCUGGCCCCAAAGCUCUUCCGGUACCGCAGGAACGGAAAUCGAAGAAAAGAGCCGGUAGAAGAUUGCGGAAGAUGAAGGAGCGCUUCAACAUGUCUGAGCUCCGCAAGGCACAGAACAAAAUGGAGUUUGGCAAGGAAGAGCGCACGAUCACCGACAGUUUCGGCGAGGAAGUGGGCUUGGGUAUGUCUCGCGACCUCGAUGCCGCCAGAGCCAAUCGAAACACAGAUGCUCGCUUGUCCAAGGCCAUGAUUAGUCGAUUGCAGAAGCAGAAAGAGACGGACACAAUGGAGGGUGUUUUCGCAGCAGCCAAGCGUGGCGGCACCAGCACUGGUUCCAAUCAACCUACAAAAAGACCUCGCAUUAUCUAG